GUCCCGAGCAUUCUGGCUUACAGGUCCCAUACCUGUAUAAAUAUUAAAAAGAGCUUCCGGGCCUUGUGUAGCUGUAGAAAGCCUUUCCUCCUCUUUCAAAUACCAAUGUUUGUGAAUGCUUUUGAAUGGGAAAAUGCCUGUAAUGGUUAAUUGUAAGACUUAUCUGUUAGGCAGUACCCUAACCUUUCAUCAUUAGGCAGAAAACACUCCAUUUCAGUACAGUUUCCAUGGCAACAGUCUGCCUUUCUUUUCAUUGGUUGCCUAGUGCUAGCCAUACAAACUGGAAGGUUUUACUCCUCUAUUAAUAUUGAUGACAAGCAGAGGUAGAAUGCUGUUAACUUUAACAGUGCAACGUCUCUUCUGCUAAUAUUUGAUAAUGGGGGCCUGCAGACACAACACAAUUACGCCACUGUUUGCCAUCAAAAGGAAUCGCAAAUAAUAAACCUGCAGUGAACAUGGGAAACGAGACAUGUAUACAGCACUGCUGUUUCUGCGUUUCCUAUAGGAUGGAGGAGGAAAGCUAUGACUGAAAUACAUCCUGCAGACGGGAAAAAAGAUGACAUUUUCUGCCUGAGCGAAGCAUGACAAUCCAAGCAAUCUUUUAGCUCAUGGAUAUGCAUUGUUUAACUGCUGCGUGGAGAUCAGGAGUCUCAUCCAUCAAAGCUAUAUGGAUUUAAUGUUAAUACUAAUCGUCAUUUUCUUCCUCUUUUCUAGCAGGUUAUUUGUAAAAUGUGAUUCCUGUAAUGCUUGCCACCUAUAGGGUUGCCACCUUUUCUGGAAAAAAACACUGGCCUUCCUAUUUAUCUUUUUUCCCUAUUAAUAACAUUGGGAUCAACCAUAAUUUUUACCGGUCCAGCCGGUAAAAUACCGGCCAGGUGGCAACCCUAGCUGUAUAGCAAAAUAGGCAUGUAGCAUUCAUGAUUUUUAGAGAUCAGAGUAAUGUGCAGUCUCAUUCGCAGUCCUUUCUCUGCGGGUGCUAUGCACAGCCAUGAGCGUGAUGUGCCAGCUUCCAAGAAAUUGCCUUACAACGAGGCUCCUCUCUUGAUAUUUUCAUCUGUAGAUGUCCCGCCAGCAUCUGGGAUGGAUGACAGAAUAUCAUGAUGCAAGGUCUGGAAUUCUCCUUUCCACUGGAACAGCUGAUGGAUGUUACCUACUCGACUGUGGAGGUUAUAGGAGCUAUGCUCCCUAGCAAAGAUUCAUUCAUGGACCAAUCAAUACAAUCAUUUAAUGGCCAUAAAAAUAAAGUCUGUGCUGAAGAUCAGAUAGGGAACCUGUCUGCUGUUUCUGUCAGCUCGGGGCUCUCUGUCGCAAAUUUGUCAAGGACUAAGCUUCAGGGUAUUACACGUGUUUCCGUGCCAACAGUUAACCAGGAAGUGCCAGUCAGCCUACAUAAAAAUGGGAUUCGGCCUAGCAGCGGUGAAUCCUUGAUAAGACCUCUCUGUACAGUGUCUGAAAAGGAGGAAUAUUCUAAUGCAAUCAACAAGAAUGACAGAGACUGUUCCCAGUUAAAACAAAAAGACUUGCUCAGUGAACUGAGGGAUAUGGAACAAUGUUGUAAUGCUUUAAAAGAGGAAAAUGUAUCACUGAGGAAGAACUGUUUUCCAGCGACAGAGGAGAAAAUAAAACGACUGAAAAAAAAGAACGCAGAGCUUGCAGUCAUUGCCAAACGCUUAGAGGAAAGAGCACAUAAGCUACAAGAGGCCAAUCUGAAAAUGGUUAAUAUUCCUAUGCACCUUAAAGGACCAAGUCUUGAAGUAUGUAAGAAAGCUUUUGCACGUCAGCGAGCUAAAGACAUGGCUGAGCAAGCUUGUGCUCUGUUGGCAAAGGACAAACAAAUUGCAUUAUUAAAACAAGAAUGUCUGGAGUUGCAAGCCAAGCUGACACUGGGGAAGGAGUGCUCCAGUUUGUUCAAGCUGAGUGACUUUGAUCGCCUGCUGCGCGAAUCUCAAAAGGAAGUCUUACGGCUACAGAGACAAAUAGCCAUCAAAUAUUUAAAGGAAUCUCUUCGCGUGACAAAAUCAUAUUCACAGAGUUGCAAUUCUGAUGCUACAUCCAUUGAUUCCUAUUUUCAGCCUGAUCAAGCCAAAGAGAGUCCUGACAAAAUAAAGGUGGCCUCAUUAGGAGAUGGGAUCAAGGAGUUGGAAUUAAAGAAAAAGAGAAAAGAAUGCGAAAUUUUAGAACAAGAAGUGAAGAAAAAGCAGAGGAGAUGUGAAGAUUUGGAAACAAAACUUCAAGAGGUUGAGACAGAGAAUGUUCGAAUAGUAGAAGAAAACUCACAGCUAAGCAGCAGAGUAAAAUGGGCAAGAAAGGUCGAAACAGAGAAUGCUGACCUGAAAGGACACUUGGCUGAGGUGACUGGGCAACGGGAUUCAGCUCUUAAAGAGAGCCAUCACCUGCAAAACAAGCUGGAUAACCUAGAGCAAGUGCUGAAGCACAUGCGAGAUGUGGCAGAGAGAAGACAACAGCUGGAAAAAGACCAUGAAGAUGCAUUGACUGCUCUACAGAAAAGGCAAGAAGAAGUUAAACAUCUCCAGGAGGCUCAGGUUGAAGCCAAGAAAGACCAUGAAGAAGCAACCAAGCUUCUUGAGCACACUUUGGAUAGCCUGCAGGCAAAAGUAAAAACUUUAGAAGAAAAGUGUCGCAGUCAGACAGAGCAGUUUAGUCAAUUCUCUCAAGAGCUCGAAAGAUUCCGCCUACAAACUGGAGAUAUCGGUCUCCUCACUUGCACUCUGGUGACUUCGGAAUUGCCUCCUCCUCAGUGCUGCUCUAUACCUGGGGUGCCUCAAGUCAAACAAGAUUUUAAAGAUAACAAAGAACCAGUGAAUGAUGAGAAAAUUAAUCAGGGUGAGUCUGCUAAAGAGAGGCCAAUACUGCAACCACUUGCCUCCAGCUGUGAAAAAAGAAAUUCCGAGGCCCACAAUAAUGCAGUUGCCAAAGAAAAACAAAAGCUUGAAGCCCCACAGAGCUCUUCUAAGUCUGACUCUGUUCACGAAAGUCCAAAGUUUUGCCCCACACCAGAGGUGGAUACUGCAAGUGAAAUGGAGGAUUUGGAUGCUGAUAGCAUUUCAUUAAAUCCAGAAGCCGAAAGCCGCUCUCCUGCAAAGUUACAAGUGUAUCUUGCUCGCUACAGCUACAAUCCAUUUGAUGGACCCAAUGAAAACCCUGAAGCCGAAUUGCCUCUUACAGCUGGAGAAUACAUUUAUAUCUAUGGAGACAUGGAUGAUGAUGGAUUUUAUGAAGGAGAAUUGAUGGAUGGGAGACGUGGCCUUGUCCCUUCCAAUUUUGUUGAGCGUGUGUCAGAUGAUGAUCUGAUAGCCUUUCAGCCUGCUGAGAUACAUGAACUGUCACAAAGCUCUGGACAGGACAUUAACUUUUUAAGUGGAAGUAGCAAUGAGAGAAGUGAAGAUGGAAGCAGCCUUAGCCCACUUCCAUGUGAAAUGCAAGGAACUAGUGAGGGAGCUUCAGAUAUCUUAGCCGUGCCUUACCCCCGAAAUCUGGCGAUCAUCAAACAGCUAGCCCAAAGUGUUGUUGUUGGCUGGGAGCCUCCAUUGGUAACAGCGGGUAGUGGAAAUAUUCAGGUUUAUAAUAUUUAUGUGGAUAAUGAACUUCGACAAAAUGUGAGAUGCGGAGGACAAACUAAAGCCUUGAUUGAGAAACUUGAGCUGAAAACCCAGACUUACCGUAUCUCUGUGCAAAGUGUGACAGAAGAUGGUUGCUCAGACAGAAUGCGCUGCACUCUCCUUGUAGGACAUGGGUAUUCCAUUGCACCCACUCAGUUGCGUGUUCGCAGACUGUCAGCCACUUGUGCGGAGAUCACCUGGCUGCCAUGUAAUAGCAAUUACUCACAUGCCUUGCAUAUGAAUGAUGAAGAAUGUGGACUAGCAAAAGCUGGGACGUACUGGUACAAUUUUAGCAAUCUUAGGCCAUCUACUUUAUAUAAUGUGAAAGUAGAAGCGCAACCUCAGAGAGUUCCCUGGGAUCUGCCACUUGACAGAUGCAAGCAAAAAGCUACAGUCAUGCAACUGUCGACUCCUUCAGCAGGUCCGCCUGAUGCUCCCCUUGAUGUUCAGGUUGAAUUAGGUCCAACGCCAGGUGUUCUUCUGAUAAGCUGGUUGCCAGUGACAAUUGAUGCUGCAGGUUCAUCAAAUGGGGUGCGGGUUACUGGCUACGCAGUGUAUGCUGAUGGACAGAAGGUCCUGGAAGUUACCUCUCCAACUGCUGGCAGUGUGUUGGUUGGCAUGUCACAUCUGCAGCUGCUGCAGGUGUCGAAGGAAAUAUCUGUAAGAACUAUGUCCUUAAGUGGAGAAUCUAUAGAUUCCAUGCCAGCAAAGAUCCCUUCUGCCUUGCUUAAUAAUCCUGACUGUUCAUCUUUGUUAAACCCAUUCUCUAAUAGCCUUAUCAAUGAGCCAGCAAUGGAGAAGUCCUUAGAUGUUUGUUUCGAAAAAUUUCCUUCAAAGCCUCUUACUUCGUCUUCCCCCUGUUCACCACCCGCUACACUUGACACAUGCACCAAAGCCAAAUUUUCAAUCCAUACAAGAUGCAGCAGAGGGAAAUCGACUGAUUCACUGCCUGUACGGACAUCUCCACUUCUUUUGCACUCUCCACUCAGUGCUUCCUCUGGCUACUGCCAAGGAUCUACUGGAUCUGACUGUUUAGAGCCAAUGAUUUCACAGGAUGACAGACAUGAAAAUGCACCCUCAGCUUUAGUCCAGACUACAUCUGUUCCAGUUAGUAGAAGUGUUCAGCCUUUUGACAGUGCUCCUGACAGUGUAGAAAUAUCCAGAAUCACUUUACAAGAAAAAGAAUCAACAUUCCUUAAAGAAAGUGUGGAGCUUUCAGACACCAAAUCUUCUAAUAUCAAGGCAGUAACCAACAAUCUGCAGAGCACACUUGAAGCAGGUAAAACUUGGAACAAAUGUCUGACUGAAAGUAACACAGCUGCCAAAGAAGACUGCUCAAGCCCAGAAAUGGAGCAUUUGGAGGAAGUACAAAAGAGAAAUGGUAAUCGAGAGAUCUCCAUUGAGGACUUUCUUACAGAAGGGCAAGAGAAAACAACUACAAAUAAUUGCACUAAUGAAGUCCUGGAACGGGAGGAAUCACUACAAGAACCAACACCUUCUCAUCUGGAAACCAGUCGUAGUUCUACACUUUCUGACAUUAUGGAGGAAGAAGAUAAUCCCGAGGAAGAAGACAGUCCUAAAAUAAACUCUGUCAAAAAGAGGAGUCAGAUGAUGAAGGCUCAUUGUGAAACCUCAUCAAAGGAUGACUGGAACAGCAACAAUACUCCAUCAUUACUUCCAGACUAUCGAGAGGCACCAUCACCAGGCAGGGUAACCGGGGCAAGUCAGCUGACAUCAGGCUCUGAAUCAGAAUAUCAUCAAGAGGUAAUUCUAAACAAAGAGGAAAGCCCCUUAAAACCACAAAAGCUGGAGACGGCAAGGAUAUUUGUUGCCCUUUUUGACUAUGACCCAGCUAUCAUGUCACCUAACCCUGAUGCUUACGAAGAAGAGGUACCAUUUAAAGAGGGACAGAUUUUACAGAUUUUCAGAGAUAAAGAUGCUGAUGGAUUUUACCAUGGAGAAUGUGCUGGGAAAACAGGAUAUAUUCCUUGUAACAUGGUUUCAGAGUUACACAUUCAAAGUGAAGAUGUCCAAGCGCAGCUAAUGAAGCAGGGAUGGGUAACUUCACCCACCUUAAUAAAUGAUUUGGAGAUCAGAGCUUUCUUUCCUCCACAUCCCUCUCCUUCUCUUGCUCCCUCUGGCCGUCUCAUCAUCCCUCCUCCAAAACCCCGGCGCUCCAAGAAAGCGGAAACUGCAGCUGUUCCUGAUGUAAUCGAUUUAACAGAGAAGAGCAAAGAAACACACCAUGAUUUGAGUAUUCCCAGAAAAAUGGUGGCCAUAUUUGAUUAUAACCCCAGAGAAAAUUCUCCAAACAUGGAUGUUGAGGCAGAACUGAGCUUCACUGCAGGCGACCUCAUAACUGUGUAUGGGCAAAUGGAUGAGGACGGUUUUUAUUAUGGGGAGCUAAAUGGGAAAAGAGGACUUGUACCUUCCAAUUUCUUGGAAAGUGCCCAGCCGCAAGUAGCAGAAUCAGAUGCACAUGUGGCUCUUCAUGAAAGAGAUGAUACUGAGUUAAGGGUCGAAUCUCCCAUUGACCCUCCAGAUUCCCCAGCUGAAGAUUCUGUUUCUUGUGGACAAGCAGCUAAUUACAAGUUAAUACCUGAGAGACAGCACUUAUAUCAAGGUAUUGUGUCCAACAAAAAGAAGAAAAGUUUAUUCUCCAAAGGACAAAAACUCUUUAAAAAGCUAGGAUCUUCUGGCAAGAGCUUGUAGAUAUGCCAUACACAUCUAUCCAUCCAGCAAUAACAGCAAGAGUUAAUAAGGAAUGUAAAGUAUAUGGUGGUGUGUGAAUAUAGAGUGAGGACUGAAAAAAUGCAAGAGUUAAUAAGGAAUGUAAAGUAUAUGGUGGUGUGUGGAUAUAGAGUGAGGACUGAAAAAAAUGAUUCCAAGCACUAUAGAAUUGUAUGAUAUACCACAGGGAUUUUAAAGCCUGCUUCGUGGCUUGGCACUUGUGCACUAGAUAUAGGACAAUGCCUUUUAGAACAACAUAAAAUGUUUGCACUAUAUCUUCCCCCAAACUGGACUCCAAGCUUGAGUGAUAAGAAGUAAAACACUAAAUCAAAAAGGGGGAGAGAAAUAUGGCCAAAGUAGCAACCUUGGCAAGAGUAUGAUUAUAGCGCUUAUCCCUUCUUAGGAAUAAUAUCAGCAGCUUUUUAUCUUGCGUGCAUGUUGGUAAAACGUUAAUUUGCCUUACUUUUAUCUUAAAUAUUUUAAUUGUUUACAAUAUUGUAACUGCUGUGGGGAAAAGAAAACAGGGUGUUGGAGGUUAAAGCAAUGGGGAUAGACAGAAGGGAGGUUGGGAGUAGAAUCUAUUCCUUUGUCCCUGUUUCUGACAGUUCUACAUCUGAGCCUUUAUAAUGUAUAAAUGUAGCCAGCAUUUUGUACCAUGUGGCCAGUAUUUGAUGCUUUCUGUGUUCAUACUAUUUAUUUUGCAUGUUUCAUAAAAGAAAAAAAAACUAAACUUGUUAGAAAGUGUUUGGAAACACAAAGUGACGCCCAUUGGUGUUGCAACAUGCCCAUUGUUUACAACUCAAAUACAUUUUAUUAUAAUAAAGUAUAUUUUCACAA